CUCAUCGUCGCAGUUAGCUGCAAGAAAUAUCACAGCUCUCGUUUCCUUCACGUCAUGGCUAUUAAAAAGAAGCGCCAACCCAAAACCCUAGCUGCAGGCCGUCCUCCGGUCUUUCACCCCCGGCCCAAAUCAAUUUCGAGAAAGUCGACCAAAUCUCUCAUCAACCAACACCAUCUCCUGGAAAAGAGGAAGCGGCAGGCCAUCGCCAAGGGCGACAAGGCAGCAGAAACCGCCAUCGAGGCCGAGAUUGAGGAGCUCGGCGGUAUCGAGCGAUACCAGCAGGCAAGUCUGCAAGGCCAAAGACAUGACCGCGGCGGCGACAGUUCCAAGACUCUCAUGGAAUGGUUUAAGCCUUGCUUUGCCGAGGGCCAGGCGGCCCCAGAUCGCCCUCUGCGCAUGCUCGAAGUCGGAGCGCUCAGUACCCAGAACGUGUGCUCCAAAAGCGGACACUUUGAGAUUGAGCGGAUCGACUUGAACAGCCAAGAAGAAGGCAUUCUCCAGCAGGACUUUAUGGCGCGGCCGUUGCCCCGGGAUGACACGGAGCGGUUCGAUGUCAUCAGUCUGUCUCUGGUCCUCAACUUUGUUCCCGAUCCUCGGGAGCGAGGAAACAUGCUUCUCCGCACGACGCAGUUUCUCUGCGGCCCAGAACGGCAUAGCAGCACCUGGUCGCUACGAGACUUCUUUCCCAGCCUCUUCCUGGUUUUGCCCGCACCCUGUGUGGCAAACUCUCGCUACAUGGACGAAGACCGGCUCAUUGCCAUUAUGGAAUCAUUGGGAUACGCAAAGGCCGCAUCCAAAACGACACAUCGGCUGGUCUACUACCUCUGGAGGAGGGAAUCCAAAUGCUUGGGACCUGAGUCCCCUUUUCCGAAAAAGGAAAUCCGAUCUGGUUCAUCACGAAACAACUUUGCUGUCGUUCUAGGUUGACUCGGAUGCCGAUGAUACCCAUAAAUAUGGCCAUUGUACUCUAUGCUAGGCUUCAAAUUUUGGGCUUAGCUAGAAUCUAUCUACAGCUGAAGACAAGCUUUUAGGCAGUCUACGAGCCAUGCUUGUCCAAGCCAAUUUCCCAGGCCGGUUACCCGUGUCGUCGGGCGUACCGUUUUGAGGCUG